AGGGUCUCGGGCUAGUCAUGGCGUCCCCAUCUCGGAGACUGCAGACUAAACCAGUCAAUACUUGUUUCAAGAGCGUCCUACUAAUCUACACUUUUAUUUUCUGGAUCACUGGCGUUAUCCUUCUUGCAGUUGGCAUUUGGGGCAAGGUGAGCCUGGAGAAUUACUUUUCUCUUUUAAAUGAGAAGGCCACCAAUGUCCCCUUCGUGCUCAUUGGUACUGGUACCGUCAUUAUUCUUUUGGGCACCUUUGGUUGUUUUGCUACCUGCCGAGCUUCUGCGUGGAUGCUAAAACUGUAUGCAAUGUUUCUGACUCUCAUUUUUUUGGUCGAACUGGUCGCUGCCAUCGUAGGAUUUGUUUUCAGACAUGAGAUUAAGAACAGCUUUAAGAAUAAUUAUGAGAAGGCUUUGAAGCAGUAUAACUCUACAGGAGAUUAUAGAAGCCAUGCAGUAGACAAGAUCCAAAGUACGUUACAUUGUUGUGGUGUCACCGAUUAUAGAGAUUGGACAGAUACUAAUUAUUACUCAGAAAAAGGAUUUCCUAAGAGUUGCUGUAAACGUGAAGAUUGUACUCCACUGAGAGAUGCAGACAAAGUAAACAAUGAAGGUUGUUUUAUAAAGGUAAUGACCAUUAUAGAGUCAGAAAUGGGAGUCGUUGCAGGAAUUUCCUUUGGAGUUGCUUGCUUCCAACUGAUUGGAAUCUUUCUCGCCUACUGCCUCUCUCGUGCCAUAACAAAUAACCAGUAUGAGAUAGUGUAACCCAAUGUAUCUGCGGGCCUAUUCCUCUCUACCUUUAAAGGACAUUUAGGUUCCCCCCGUGAAUUAGAAAUUGCCUGGUUGGAGAACUGACAACACUACUUACUGAUAGAUCAAAAAACUACACCAGUAGGUUGAUUCAAUCAAGAUGUAUAUAGACCGAAAACUACACCAAUAGGCUGAUUCAAUCAAGAUUUGUGCUCGCAAUAGGCUGAUUCAAUCAAGAUUUGUGCUCACAAUAGGCUGAUUCAAUCAAGAUGUGUGUUUGCUAUGUUCUAAGUCCACCUUCUGUCCCAUUCAUGUUAGAUCGUUGAAACCCUGUAUCCCUUUGAAACACUGGAAGAGCUAGUAAAUUGUAGAUGAAGUAA